CCAGCAUCUCGUCUUCUAUCGCAGCUAUCCAUCACCGCAUCGCUACCUAUAUGACCAGCAUGGCCGAUCGCCCCGCCAAGCGCGCACGGCGGCCCAGCACCGACCACGACGAGUCCGAGGGCGCUGGCCAUUGGAAGGACUCCGGCGCUCACACAAACGCGACCAGUGCUCCUCCCCCCACAGCCUCCUCCUCGCGCCCGCGGCGCAACACCACCAACAAGGCCCCGCCUGCUGCCGUCAUCCAGCGAACGUCCCCGGAAGACUCGCGCCACUCCCUGAAUCUCACAGUCAAAGCAUCUCCAGGCAGACUGCGCGAGGCUACUGGCGGCAGGACCUCCACCGCUGUCAACUCCCGUAACAUCGUCGCGGGAAAGCGCGCCUCGCGGAACAGUAGGGUUAUCCGUGAGCUCGACAGCGAUGACGAGGAAGACGAAGACGAAGACGAAGAAGACGACGACGACGACGCCGAGGAGGUGGAUGCCAUGGAUGUAGACGAGCCCGAAGACGACGACGCCGAAGGCGAAGAGGACGACGACAUGGACGCCGAGGGCGAGGAGGACGACGACGCCGAAGUCACCCCAGCCCCUCGAAUUGUCGUACCGAGCAACAAGAGCGCACCCGUCAAGCAGAAAGUCGCCCAAGACUCCGUAGAAGCGAAAGAGAUUGCUCUGGACGACGAUGACGAAGAGCUGUCCGAGCUCGAUUCAGAACUAGAAGGAGAAGACGAGGACGCCGAGGGCGAAGACGAUGAUGCCGAAGGUGAGGAAGACGAUGAGAUCGCCGUCCCCAACGACGAUGAAGACAUGGACAGCGACGAAGACAUGAGCCGCGACCAGACGCCCGAUCUGAGCAAGAUGACGCGCCGCCAGCAGGCCAUGGUCGUGCAGGGCGCCGAUGAAUCGCUCAUGGCGCUGUCCAACGAGGCGCAAAAGAAGAAGCAUCUCACCGCCGAGGAAAUCACUUCGCGGAGAGCGGAAAUGGCGCGGCGCCGCAAGAACCUCAGCGAGAAGCGCAACGAGGAGGAGAAGGCCGACACCAUCAACCGCCUCCUCAAAAAGCAGCCCCCCAAGCGCGGCCGCAAAUCCAUGCUCGCAGAGAACGCGGAAGAAGGCCAGGAAGAAGACGACAAGAAGCCCGAGAAAGCGAAUCCACUCUUCGUGCGCUAUCGACAGACGGUUCAGGGGACGACGCUGGCAAUCCCGGAGGAGUGGCUGGAGGCGCCUGCGGGCAGUCUUUUCAGCGGCGCAGUGGAGAAGCCGAUAGCGAAACCGUGGGGCGGACGGAUGGUUGAGGAGGUUUCGUGACGUGGCCAAGGUUUUGUACGAUAGAGGGAUUGAGUGCAUUUGUCGGCGUAUGAGGUUAUAGCACCGGACUACCGACUGAUAGCUCUCAGUGCAGUCAAAGGGGACAGGUUGAUCAGUCGGUUUGGCCUUGAUCGAGAAAGCUUGACUUGACUGAGUAAUAAACAUCGACG